AUGUUCAAUCCAAGAGUCACUCGCAAUGCCAUCAGAGCUCUGAACACAGCGCGCCCAGCUGCAUUUGCAGCCUCACGGCCUGCUGCAGCUUUCACUCGACCCUUGUCGUAUACACCGACUUUGCAAAAGAAAUCCAAUGACCCCUCAAAGGACCCCAAUGAAGCGGCUACAACUAGAGCUCCGGAGGGUGCAUCCGGGGAGCACGAGGGCCAGUUCGCUCGUACCGAUGAGAGCGUUCAUAUCGAGUACCCUCCGGACAGUGAGAUGCCCGCCCAGCCUGUGGUCCAGGGCCGCGGUGGCAUGCACUUCAAGCGUACCCUAGCUCAAUUCUCACUGGAGAAGAAGGUCAGCAUGGUGACGGGUGGUGCCCGUGGUUUGGGUCUUGUCAUGGGACAGGGUCUUGUCGCAUCAGGCUCUGAUCUAGCCAUUGUUGAUCUGAAUAAGGACGAAGCCGUAACAGCGGCCCAGUCGCUCAUUGACCAAUUCAGAAAAGAAAACCCGGGUAUCGAGGACUCAGACAUGCCCACCGUGACAGCCCACUACGCCGACGUCGCAAACCCAGACUCCGUAAACGCCGCCCUCACCGAAGUCCUGUCGAAGCACGGCCAGAUCGACAACCUAGUCACCUCCGCCGGCUUCACCGAGAACUUCGACGCAAUCAACUACCCCUUUGAGCGCAUGCAGAAGCUAUGGGGCGUCAACGUAGACGGAACCUACCUUUUCGCCAUCGGCGUCGCCAAACACCUCAUGGAACGCAAGGCCCCCGGCAGCAUCGUCAUGAUCGGCUCCAUGUCCGGCGCCAUCGUCAACGUGCCCCAGCCCCAGGCCCCGUACAACGCAGCCAAAGCAGCCGUGCGCCAUCUCGCUGCCUCGCUUGCUGUGGAGUGGGCUGGCCACGACAUUCGCGUCAACUGCAUCAGCCCGGGAUACAUGUUGACUGCUCUGACCCGCAAAAUCCUCGACGAGAACCCCCAGCUCCGUGAUCAAUGGACUUCGCUCAUCCCCGCCGGAAAAAUGGGUACGCCCGAGGACUUGAUGGGCGCCGUUACGUUUUUGCUGAGCGAUGCUUCCAAGUACAUUACCGGUGCGGAGCUCCGCGUUGAUGGCGGGUAUACUGUCACCUAA